UAUUUUUCAUAGAGCUUGUCUCAGUUACGAAACACGUGCACUUUACUCUAAAUACGAUGAACUUUUUUCAGUAUAUUAAUUUAUUUGUAGCAAUUCUGUUUAUCAUAUUCUACUAUAUUUGGAGACAAAAUAGAGAUGUUCUUUUACCAAAUUGGCCAUUUAUUGGCAUGUUACCAGGAAUUGCGCAUAACAUGUCCAAUUUUCAUGAUUUUGUAACAUCAGUGAUGAAACAACACAGAGGAACUUUUCAAUUUAAAGGACCUUGGUUUACAAAUAUUUCUGACUUCAUCGUCACCAGUGAUCCCAUGAAUGUGCAGCACAUCACAAGCAAGAAUUUCAACAACUAUGGGAAAGGAUCUGAUUUCAAAGAGAGUUUUGAGUUUUUUGGUGAUGGUAUUUUCAAUUUAGACUCCAAUGAAUGGAAAACAGAGAGGAAACUACUUCAUUCUUUGCUCACAAGAAAAAGCUUUAAGAUAUUCCAUCAACAAAACAUUCAAAAGAAGCUAGAAAAUUGUCUGAUACCUUUUCUUGAUGAUGCAUCAAGAGAUUUACAAAUAAUUGAUUUACAAGAUACUUUUGAGAGGAUCACCUUUGACAUUGGUUGCACUUUUUUAUUUGGAUUUGAUCCUAAUAGCCUUCAUAAAAAAUUCAACAACUUAUCAAAUAUGGACAGUGUAACAGCUUUUUCUGUAAUUGAGGAUAUUGUUUUGUAUAGGCACCAUACUCCAAAUUUGGUUUGGAAGCUACAAAAAUGGCUACAAAUUGGUCUAGAGAAGAAGGGCAAGGUAGCUAAAGAAAAUAUAGAUCAAUUCUUAUACAAAUGUAUAAGUUAUUCCAAAGGUGACGAAGAAAAAAGAAAAUUAAAAAGCAAUGAAUAUGUGGAUGAAGGCCAAUAUUCUUGCUUGAUAGAAGCAAUAAUGAAUGAAGGCUCAGUAAAGAGAGAAAUGGUUGACAAAUAUCUUAGAGACACUGCAAUCAGUCUCUUGGCUGCAGGAAGUGGGACAGUUAGUUCAGCUCUCAGUUGGUUUUUUUGGCUUAUUUCAAAACAUCCUUUAGUGGAAGCUAAGAUCAUUCAAGAGAUCAAAGAUAAUUGUUUAACAAAGGAUGAGAAUUUUAUCACUAAGUUAGGUGUUAAAGAGUUUGAUAAGCUAGUGUACCUUCAUGGAGCUAUAUGUGAAGCCUUGAGGCUUUAUCCUCCUUUAGGAUAUAACCACAAGUGUGCAAUCAAAUCUGAUAUAUUACCAAAUGGAGAACAUGUUAGUUCCAAUACAAAAGUAAUAUUUUCUAUGUAUGCAAUGGGAAGGAUGGAAGAAAUAUGGGGAGAAAAUUGCUUGGAAUUUAAGCCAGAGAGAUGGAUAUCAGAUAUAGGGCAGAGUAUACAUGUGCCCUCUUACCAGUUCACAGCAUUUAAUGCAGGGCCUAGAAGUUGUCUUGGGAAAGAUAUGAGCAUUAUUCAAAUGAAAAUGGCUGCAGUUACAAUGUUAUGGAAGUUUCACAUACAGGUUGUUGAAGGUCAGUCUAUUACUCCAAGGGUUUCUAUUGUUCUUCGCAUGGAAGAUGGCUUGAAGGUCAAACUCCGUAAAAGAUGCUUUUGAUAAAAGCUUCUGUCAAGUUCAUAUUGAUCAGUGAUACAUGUUGUGUUCAUUGUUUCCUUUAUUUAUUUUCAUGUGUGAGUCUGUCAUAAUUAAAUAAUGUUAUGGUCAAAUUUAUAUUAUGUUAUAGUUGUAUUCGCAAUUAGCACAUUUAUACAGAUCAUUUAGGAAUGGUAUAAAUUAGGACAAUGCCUCUAUGUAUUUUCAUUCGAGUUUUAAAUAAAAUUAAAUGUUCUGAGAAAUUAAGAAUGAUUUCUCUUUAUGCUUUUGAGUCACCUA